AUGGUAGUGCUUAAAGUAGAGAAUGAGGCGUCGAAAACAACGACUGUUUGUGGAACAUCGUCUGGAGGAAAACCAAAAUUUAGAAAUAAAGUUUGCACCACUACGCCGCAGAAAGCGUGUACUCGUACUACUGAAUAUAAAUCAACUCAUUCAAAAUACUGUUGCUCUUGUAAUGAAAAAGAGUGGAAUAAAAGAAUAAUUAAGAGCACAGGCAAAUUGCAAGGAACUUCCAUGAAGAAAAAAAUACCACCUCCAAAAGUACUAACAAAGGAAGAAUAUAAUCAGUAUAAAGAAUUAUGUCCUAUGACAAAAGAAGAGAAGGAAAAAGUUCUUAAAAUGCAAGAAGAAGAAAGACAAAGGCUUCUAAAGGAAAGCAUGGAAAGAAAAGAAGAAUUUCGCAGGCUAGACAGGGAGAGACCUAGAGUAAAAGACCCAAAACUGAUUGAAAUUGAAGAGGAAGCUAGGAAAAGAACAAAUUAUUUGCUUGAACGAGCUGAGAAUCUAAAACUCGAACAAGAAGAAGAAAUUCAAAAGUGCAAUAGAAUUAUUCUGGAAACUAAAUGCCGGGCUAUCCGGGACGCACAGGUAGCAGAGAAAAAGUUGAUUGAACAAGAAUUGGGAGAAGAAGAGAAACGUCUGAAUGAUAUGAUGGAGAAUGAAAGAAGAUGGGCAAUUAAAGAAGAAUUCAGAAAAGAGCAAGAAGAAAUAGCAAAGAAGGAAAAAUUUGCCAACAGCUUGAUGGAUCAAAUAAAAGAUAACGAGGAUUAUAGAAUAUUAGAAUUCGAGAGAAAGCAAGAAGAAAGUCGGUUAAUUAAUUUGAGCAACAUUGCCUGGCAACAGGAAGAGAUUGCAAAAUUAAGAAAUAAAGAAACGGAAAAUACACGAAUUCGACGAGAAUUAGCUGAAGUAAACGAGCAAUUGAAACAUUUGAAGGAGAUGGAAGUACAGGAGAAUAAAAUCAUUGAUCUUAGGAUACAAGAGUAUCAACAAUAUAAGGAGGAAAGAGAUGCACACUUAGCGGAGGAACGGAGAUUAGAAAAAUUGAGAAAAGAUCAAGCCAAAGCAAAAGUCGCCAGUCAGACAAUGCAAGCGAAAGAUUUUCAAGAACGAAUCGAUGAAUUGAAUGCUGCUCGAAUUCAAGAAGAGGUAGAACGUGAAUGGAGGCAAAAAGAAAAGGAAGAAGCUCUGAGAAGGGCAGAAGUGCAAAAGGCUCUUAAGGAGGAGAGAGAAAAACAAAUAAAUAAUAAACGAAUAAUGCAGGCGAUCGAAUUGGAACGAGAGCGGCGUGAAUUUGAGAAGAUUGUACAUGUUCAGAAGGAAGCUUUCUGCAGAGAACAGAAGGAAAUUGAGAAAAAGCAACGACAAGCUUUAAUUCAUAGGAGUGAGAUACUAAAACAGGUAAACGAGAAAGAAAAAGGACGAAUUGAAGCUAGACAAAAGAUGUUUGAGGAAGGCUUAGCUAUUCGUACAAAAACUGAGAUGCGUAAGAAAAAAUUGCGCGAGGCAAUGGAAAGGAAAUGCGACGAAAUGAGAAUAAACAAAAUGCCUGAAAUGUAUAUCAACGAAGUAAAACGAAUGAUCGAUAAUAUCGAAUAA